UAUAAAAGGGCAAACCUUACACUUGAAAGCUACAGAAGGAACUUCGAAGUCACAGUAAAACCGUGCAACAUGUUUAUCAAGUUUAUUCUCAUCUGCUCGAUGUUUAGCUUCGUUUGUGCACGAAGUAUCGAGAACGAAGUUCAGCUUUCAACCAUGUUCGCUGGCACUCGUUCUGACUCCGUCAUGGACACUAAUGAACCAACCAUUACCGAAGAAGAAUGCGUUCUUCAAGUGCGUCCUACACACGCAAGCCGAUCGGAUACACCAAUUACGAGCCACGAAUCGACGACACACACGGAAUCGUCACACCCCAAGAAAAGGGCAACAAAUUACAAGGAAGAUCGAACCGACUUACGACCUGGAUGUUGCCGGUAAACGAUUAGGUGAAUAAUCACGUUUCAACGAAUGGUAGAUAGUAAUUAAAUGCAUACUACAAAUACCGUUUCAUCUUUUCGUCUUCUUCCACGAUGAGAUAGCAAAUGAAAUAAAUAAUGAAUGGCUAUAAAGCCGUACAAGUAUGAUCAGAA